ACGGCUUUGAAAUCUGAGCAGUGAGAAAUGGGAAAGGGUGUGAUAUGGGCAACGGCAGAGGACUUGGCAAGAAACAGAGGACGCGUUCUCUCACUGUAUCGCCAAAUUCUGAGAAGCCUCAACUCACCGGAUUUGCCUCUGAAUUUGGCAGCAAGGCUGGCCAAGAAAGCUGAGGCGCGCGCAAUCUUCAUGGUGGCGUCUGAGGAGAGGUCCCUGCACAACAUUGAUGACCUCAUUGAUGCUGCUCACUACUCUCUUUCCCUCUUAAGGAAAGGAGAAAUACCCAAGUACAUCCAAUGAUCUAUGCAGGCUACUGGCAUAUUCGUUCGCUGGGAAACGUAUCGACUUCUCUGCAUAGGAUUUUCUAGCAGUUGGCAUCUUCCAAGUUCUAUUGUCAGGGAUGUUUAGUUUUGCCUGUGUAGUUUUGGUUAUGGUGUAUACUGUUGGUUCUGUGUACUUUAUUGCGGUAUGAGGCCUUGCUUGUUUAUACAGUUGUUGUUCUCUGAACUGCUGUUAGUAGUUGUUUAUUAUGAUAUCUUGUAAUGGAACCAAAUCAACCCCAUCCCCAUGUAUUAGGAUAUUUAGGUUAUGUUUUCUUGUAUGAGCAUAGCUUUGUGUAUUCGGCUAACGGUUUUGUAAAAACUUCAUGGUUCUUAUCUCAUACCAGUGUUGGUAGCAGACCUGAUAGUUAGAUACCAAGCUUUGAUGCUUCUAAUGUUAGGUUGUGCCGUGGAAUUAAAUUUGGAAUGACUUUAUCCAAAAUUAUCUCUCGCUUA